UUUGUGGAUGGAAUAAUAGUCUAAUCUAAAUACUGAAUUGUUGGCGUCAAAAGCUAUGUCGAUGUUACGUAAUCUUUUCAGGAGGAAAGUUUAACCACUCUAAAGCAGACGACGCGACCACAGCAAUGGAAGUUAAGCUUGUUUUUCACCUCACAGCCAUCGUGGUUAUGUCGGGGUAUGUCUGCAGCACACAGAAAGGGCACAAGAGAACUUUGACCUCCUUAGCGGCAGAGAAACGAGUAACAGUUUGUUCCAAAGGAAAAAGUCCACUCACAUGCGAGUCGCCUGGAUCCGCUAUCGCCAUAACAGGGGUCUUUUGGGGUCGGGAAUCCCCUGAUAUAUGCCCCUCGGAUGACGGGGAUCCGAUGACAAAUUGUCACACAGCCCCCGAGACGGAACACAUAGUCAAGGAAAUGUGCGAAGGAAUGGGAAGUUGUGUAUUAGAAGGAAAAGCCGACAAGUUACAGAACUCGAAGCAUUGUUUCGGAGUCCGCAAAUAUCUCCUGGUGAACUACACUUGUGUCCCUCAACAUAAAGAGGCCAUUUUGUGCGACUCGGAGCGCUCAGUGAUUUCCUGCCCGUCUGACUGGCUUCUUAGAGUAAAUACAGCUUUCUGGGGUCGUGACAGAACUGAAGUUUGUCCGUCUGCCAAAGGGCAGGAACUCUGUCCUGGCGCAUCAGAGACUGUCUCUAAACUGAGGAGCAAAUGUAACAAUAUUCCUUUCUGCCCUUUGCAGGCGUUUUACAAGGAACUGCAAAAUGGUGGCGAAAACUGCCCUCACAUUGAAAAGUACCUGGUAGUUGCUUAUAGUUGUCGACCCAGUCCUAAAAUCGGACGGCGCGGUCAGCUUGGUCUUAUUCCUCUUUCAGUUUAUCGCGGACUUCGAAGCAGAUCGCUAAUUUGGAAACCAUCCCCAAUGAUAGGGUGGAAAAAAUUACGAAAGAAGAGUUUCCGAAGAAAGAAAUUUCAUUCAUUCACGGUUUCCGCCUGCAGUCACACAAGGAUUAAAGAGAGAGAAAAACGAGCGACGCGAAAAGGCCCCAACACAAGGGCAGCGAUGGCAAAAAGCCGUUUCAUUUAUCAAAUACUUGCUUUCGUCGCCUUCCUCAACGUAGCAUUGGCUUAUGUACAAGGUGGAGUUCACAGUCAGGAUGCAGGAGCUGGUUUGAGUCAGAUUGAUCUCGAAGCUUCCAAAGAAAUAACCGUUUGUACAACACAGAAGAAACCGCUGAGCUGCUCUUACCCGGGAUCAAACAUCGCAGUUACAGGUGUAUUCUGGGGUCGCAAGUCUGCUGGGAUUUGUCCCUCAGAUGAUGGAGAUACAAUGCUCGACUGCUUCACUGCACCGGAGUCAGAGGGAAUAGUAAAGGGGAGAUGUGAAGGAAAAGAAUCGUGCGAGCUUGAAGCCAGACAUGCCUUGCUGCAGAACUCGGGGUCUCAGCACUGCCCUGGCGUCAAUAAAUAUCUAACUGUCAACUACACGUGUGUGCCUGAUGCAAAAGAAGUCGUCAUUUGUGAUUCGGAAAACUCAAGCCUCACCUGUCCGGCUUCAUGGAAGAUUGGCGUCAAUUCUGUAUUCUGGGGACGGCAGUCAACCACUGUCUGUCCAGCGGAGAAUGGACAGACCAUGUGCACUGGGGCCCCUGAGAGUCUCGGGAUUGUGAAGAAGUCAUGUGAUGGGUUGACCAAGUGUGACGUGCAUUCUUCUUAUGAUCAAGUACAAAAUGGCGCCGAAAAUUGCCCCGGAGUUCAGAAAUACUUAAUUAUCAACUACAGCUGUAAACCGCAUCCAAACAUAGGCACGGAAGAGGAUGCCAUUCAGAAUGACCAAGAAACAGUUCCCGUGAAAGUCCCUGCUGCCAAAUCCAAUGCAGGACUGGCACCAAACGUUGUGAGCGAUCUAAAACAGCUGGACGGUGGCGGCCAACAGAUUGUGAAGUUACCAGGUGAAGAGGGGAAUAAUAUUGUUGGAGAGAACUUGAAUAUUGGAAGGUUGGGUAUGGGAGGCCUCAAGGCUCUGGAGAAGAUCAACAAUCUUAUAAAAGCAUCUGCUGAAACGCAAGAUGGCGACGAUCCUGGGUCAGACAAUGGUUUGACAGAUGAACAAGCGCAAGCCAUUGAACGUAUGAUAAUAGAAGGUAUCCAUCACAUAAAGAAAAAACCGUCAUCUCCAUUGCCUUCUGGCACAGAGAGAGCUUCGAUUCCACGUCAGAAGAACACGCAGAAAUCAAAUCCCAAGCUACCACAGGCGGAGAGAAGAAAAGGCGUCCCUGUUCCACUUCCAACAAAGCUUGUAGUCCAAAAGAAGGCAACCAGAGCUCUACCCACUCCAGUACAGGUGGGGCUACCCAGGGUGCAGAAAGAAGGGCCUAACGGCAAGGGAGCACCGUCAGGUAAUCAGGGUCAGAUGAAGAAAACAGUACCUGGGACUAAAAGGACCUCGCUGAACGAAAUAGUGCAAGGUCCUACUAAGAUUAGGCCUGUUCCUGUUCUUAAAAACCAGUUCGUGGACCAAAGAAAGAAAACGCAGCCUCAGAAGCUCCGUGGCUUAGGACUCGGAAAUGCAGGAGCUGGAAAUUUGCCUUAAUGUGUGAAAAAUAAAAACAGUGACAUUAAAUCAAAACGCAUGGUGGAAAUCCAUUCGAGUCGAUAGUGCAACGGUUAUCUUAAAUUGUUUUUUUUAUAUAGGAAACUGAACCAGCUUUUUGUUAGAAGUGCAACGUUAGGAUAAUUGCCUAUAAAAGGUCAUGGUUGAUAUUGUAACUAAAUGUGAACCUCUAAAAAAAUAAGCCAAAACUAAAAAGUUAAAGCAAGUAACACCAUUAUGGAACUCAGAAACAAAAUUAUGCACACAAUAUUAAGAUAGUCAGCGUGGAAAAUGUCUUGUCAAUGGUAGUUUAUGUGAUGCUGGGUCAAUAGACCAUGUUUACAAGUAGAGAGUGUAACUUGAAAAAUUUCGGUAGACUUUCACUUCUAUAACGUCCUCAGUAACUGCAAAUACACCCAAACGAACUGAGUAGAGUUUGUAUGCUUUCCGAGUGAACUCUGUAACUUAACUUAAUGAUACUCAAAUGUUUUCAAUAAAGAACACAGUGAGGCUA